AUGGGCACAUUGGCAAUUGCUUCCAAAGGCCAGUGGAUGGCAGGCGUCUCCACGGACAUUAACGCGUCCUUUGUGAAACCUGGGGGCAAGCUCGGAGAUACUGUUUUUAUGGAGUGCAACGUCACGGGCAUCGGAGGGAAUCUGGCGUAUACCAGAACCGAGUUUAGAAGCGCCUCUGGUCAGCUAGUGGCAUACGGAAGUCACACCAAGUUUAUUGGCAAGACAAUCAACCACCCUAAAAACGUUCAGUUUUCCGACGAUGGCGAGACUGUGAUUGUCGGAGAGGAUAUAUUGGACGAUGUUGAUUAG